CAUUCAUUUGUUGUUGUUUGCGAUUUUACGUAAUAUUUGUUAUUUAUUGUUGAAUUCGUUCAUUAUUCUCAAACUAAUUAUGCUCGUGAAACACUGCAUAAUGGCCUUAAGGAUCUCAGGGUCACAGGCUCUCAGCGCGGCCAACUCACAGAGGCUCACACUGAUCCCGCAGAGAAAUCUUUUGAAGCGUCUCUACAGCAGCAAUGGGCCCGCUGCCAUCGGAAUUGUGGAUUACGACGUCAUCAAGAAACUGCCCAGCGAACCCCAGAAACUCCUCAUCGAUGUCCGUGAGCCGGAAGAGCUAAAGGAAACCGGUCAAAUCCCAUCCAGCAUAAACAUUCCCCUGGGCGUCGUUAGCCAGGAGUUGGCUGCCAGCGGGCAGGUCUUCAAGUCCAAGUACGGCAGGGAGAAGCCGGAGCCGGACACUGAAAUCAUCUUCCACUGCAAGAUUGGCAAGCGGAGUCUUAAGGCUGCUGAAUCCGCCGCCGCCUUGGGCUUCCGGAAUGUAAAGAACUACGAAGGAUCCUGGCUGGAUUGGGCUAAGAGAGAGGGUCUGCCAAAAUAGGUUAAACAGAAACUCAUAAUAUAAAAAAUACCAAUUUCAAAACCAAACUGUCUGUAAAGAACCUUAAAUAUCAUUCAUAGAGUAUCAAUAAUGAAUUGUGCAAUGAAACCUCUACGUUUAUAUAUUUAAAUCCGUUUUAAAUCACUGAAGACCACCCAAAUUCCAUUACGGAAGGCAAA